AUGGCGACGAUCAAAACCCCCAUCGCGCCGGUUCCGACCGCUAGCGACUUCCUGGACAUUGUCCUCUCCAAGACCCAGCGAAAGACGCCCACGGUCGUGCAUCCAGGAUGGAAGAUCACGCGUAUCCGCUCGUUCUACAUGCGUAAGGUCAUGUUCACCAAGGAUGCGUUUGCCGAGAAGCUCGACGCCAUUCUCAAGGAGUUCCCUAUCAUGGACAACCUCCACCCCUUUGUCUCGUCGCUGCUCAAUGUGCUGUACGACAAGAACCACUACAAACUUGCGCUCGGUCAGCUCAACACCGCCAAGCACCUCAUCGAGCAGGUGUCCAAGGACUACAUCCGCCUCAUCAAGUUCGGCGACUCGCUCUACCGAUGCAAGCAGCUCAAGCGCGCUGCGCUCGGUCGCAUGGCCACCAUCAUGAAGCGCCAGAAGGACCCGCUGGCCUACCUCGAGCAGGUGCGCCAGCACAUGUCGCGUCUGCCGCCCAUCGACCCUAGCACACGCACGCUGCUCAUCUGCGGAUACCCUAACGUGGGCAAGUCGAGCUUCAUCAACAAGGUGACGCGCUCCGACGUCGACGUCAAGCCGUACGCCUUCACAACAAAGUCGCUCUUCGUGGGUCACAUGGACUACAAGUACCUCCGAUGGCAGGUCAUCGACACGCCCGGUAUCCUCGACCACCCGCUCGAGGAGAUGAACACGAUCGAGAUGCAGUCCAUCACGGCGCUCGCCCAUCUUCGCGCUGCCGUUCUCUACUUUAUGGACCUCUCGGAACAGUGCGGCUACACGGUCGAGGCACAGGUGCAGCUGUUCAACAGCAUUAAGCCUCUGUUCGCCAACAAGCCGUGCAUCCUGGCUAUCAACAAGACCGACGCCAAGAGGCUGGCGGACCUCGAGCCGGAGCGCGCGGCGCUGGUGCAGAGCAUCAUCGACGAGUCCGAGGGCAAGGUACAGCUCACGGAGCUCAGCACAUAUACCGACGAGGGUGUCAUGGAGACGCGCAACCUGGCGUGUGACGUGCUGCUGGCGUCGCGUGUCGAGUCCAAGAUGAAGGGCAGCAAGAUCAACGCCGUGCUCAACCGCCUGCACGUGGCGCAGCCCAAGUCGCGUGACGACGUGGAGCGUACGGCGUACAUUCCCGAGGCGAUCGCCAACGGCUCGAUCAAGAAGUACGAUGCCAAGGACCCCGAGCGCCGCAAGACGCUGCGCGACGAGCAGGAGGAGAACGGCGGCGCGGGCGUGUUCAACAUCGACAUCAAGCGCGACUACAUGCUCGCCAACGACGACUGGAAGUACGACCACAUUCCGGAGAUCUACGAGGGCAAGAACAUCGCCGACUUUGUGGACCCGGACAUCCUGGACAAGCUGGAUGCGCUGGAGCGCGAGGAGGAGAAGCUCGAGGCCGAGGGCUUUUACGCCGAGAGCGACGACGAGGGAUCCAUGGUCGACGAAGAGGAGGAAGCGAUCCGGAGUGCGGCGGCGGCGAUCCGCGAGCGCCAGCACAAGGCCAAGCUGGCGGCGCAGGACCGCAGCAUGAUCAAGAACCAGGCGCGCGUGCCGCGCAAGUUCCAGGAGCGCACGCUUUCGCAGAUGGCCGAGCGCAUGCGCGAGAUUGGCGUGGACCCGAGCAGCGUCACUGCGCGCGCCGAGAUGCUGGCCAAGGCCAAGGGCCUGACGGGCAAGCGCAAGCGCUCCGGUGCUGGCGACGACGACGAGGAGAUGGACGAGGACGACGAGGAGGCGUCGUGGGAGGACGACGAGGAGGACGAGGAGAUGGACACCGAGGAGGCCGACACGAGUGCCUCGAGGAAGGCGCGCAAGAGCAAUGUCGGCGGCAGGCUGCUGUCGUCCACCACGGCUCCUGUCAACCGAUCGGGUGGCCACGUGAGUGCGCGUGCCGGCCCCGCGCGUGUCUCGGCGAGCGACCGCCAGCUGGCGGGUCUCAAGGACUCGGAGCAGCUCGAAAAGGCGAGGAAGCUGCGCGAGCUCGCGCUGCGUCCCGGCAACUGGCACGCCAAGGCAGGCGAGUCGGACCGUGCGAUCAAGGAGAAGAAGCCCAAGUGGCUCUUUGCCGGCAAGCGUGGCAAGGGUACCUCCAGAUCGCGCUGA